UCUGUAGCAGCUCUUGCUCCCCACAAGCAGGAUGGCCCAUAAUAAGUACGAGAUGACCAUGCAGGGGCAGCCCAGGGGCCCAGUGCCUGUCACCUCUACCGUCAUCAACAUGCAGCCUGAGGUCUCGGAGCCCGACCACAUUGUGUGGUCCCUGUUCAACACUAUGUUCUUCAAUGUCUGCUGCCUGGGCUUCAUGGCUUUCGCCUACUCCGUGAAGUCUAGGGACAGGAAGUUGGCGGGUGACAUCACUGGAGCCAAGAACUACGCAUCCACUGCAAAGAUCAUGAACGUUACUGCCCUGAUCCUGGGCUGCUUCUUCUACUUUGUAGUCAUCUUCACCCCCAUCAGCAGCUCCUGCAGACAACCCUUCAGCGUGCAUGUCAAUAAAGAUUCUGUGCAGUGA